UCUCACCUCCUUGUGCACCAAAGAGUACACACAGGAGUGAAACCUUUUGAAUGCUCAGAGUAUGGAAAGAGAUUCAGUGAGAAAGGCACUCUUCAAAAGCAUCAAAGAGCCCACACAGGGGAGAAAUCUUAUGAAUGCUCCGAGUGUGGAAAGAGAUUUACUUUCAGUGGCAGUCUUCAAAGGCAUCUAAGGACCCACACAGGGGAGAAACCUUUUGAAUGCUCAGAAUGUGGAAAGAGAUUCAGUCACAGUAGCAGUCUUCAGAGCCAUCGAAGAACCCACACAGGGGAGAAACCUUUUGAAUGCUCAGAGUGUGGAAAAAGAUUCAUUCAGAGUAGCGGCCUUCAAAGUCAUCGAAGAACCCACACAGGGCAGAAACCUUUUGAAUGCUCAGAGUGUGGAAAGAGAUUUACUUUCAGUGGCAAUCUUCAAAAUCAUCUAAGAACCCACACAGGGGAGAAACCUUUUGAAUGUUCAGAGUGUGGAAAGAGAUUCAGUCAGCGUGACAGUCUUCAUAAGCACUUAAGAACCCACACAGGGGAGAAACCUUUUGAAUGCUUAGAGUGUGGAAAGAAAUUCAGUCAGCGUGACAGUCUUCAUGACCACUUAAGAACCCACACAGGGGAGAAACCUUUUGAAUGCUUAGAGUGUGGAAAGAGAUUCAGUCGGAGUAGCGCUCUUCGAAGUCAUCUAAGAACCCACACAGGGGAGAAACCUUUUGAAUGCUCUGAGUGUGGAAAGAAAUUCAGACUGAGUGAUAGUCUUCAACAGCAUCAAAGAAUCCACACAGGGAAGAAACCUUUUGAAUGCUCGGAGUGUGUAAAGAGAUUCACAUGUAGUGGCGCUCUUCAAAGGCACUUAAGAACUCACACAGGGGAGAAACCUUUUGAAUGCUCAGAGUGUGGAAAGAAAUUGAGUCGGAAUAGCCAUCUUCAGAGUCACCUAAGAACCCAUACAGGGGAGAAACCUUUUGAAUGCUCAGAGUGUGGAAAGAGAUUCAGUCAGAGUGGCAGUCUUCAAAAGCACUUAAGAACCCACACAGGGGAGAAACCUUUUCAGUGCUCAGAUUGUGGAAAGAAAUUCAGUUGGAAUAGCCAUCUUAAAAGUCAUCUAAAAACCCACACAGGGGAGAAACCUUUUCAAUGCUCAGAAUGUGGGAAAAGAUUCAGUCGGAGUAGCACUCUUCGAAAUCAUCUAAGAACGCACACAGGGGAGAAACCUUUUCAGUGCUCAGAAUGUGGAAAGAGAUUCAGUGAGAGUGGCAGCCUUCGAAGUCAUCUAAGAACCCACACAGGGGAGAAACCUUUUCAAUGCUCAGAAUGUGGGAAAAGAUUCAUUCGGAGUAGCGCUCUUCAAAUUCAUCUAAGAACCCACACAGGGGAGAAACCUUUUCAAUGCUCAGAAUGUGGAAAGAGAUUCAGUGAGAGUGGCAGUCUUCGAAGUCAUCUAAGAACCCACACAGGAGAGAAACCUUUUGAA